GUACAGACGUGGAUAAUUCAUUAAAGAUUUUAAAUACGAGGAAAUUUAAAUAAAAUGGGUCACAAUAAUUUUAGUGAUUACGGCAGCGCGAGCAGUUUUAAUUCUUUCUCAUCGUGGGAAGGUCAACUGAAUUUGCGCGCGUCAAAUUCAAACAUCCAAGAUGAACAGCAUCCACCGCAGAAAUCAUCCAGCUAUAUGGAUUUGGUUAUGAAGCGGAGCACAUUGGAAGACGCAUUGGAGGAGUUCAGACAGAACGGGUUCGAUUCUCCGUACAACCCAGAUGAAGAGAAGACAUGCAACUUACAAUCGGGGAACAUGAUAGGUAUGUGCCAGUCAAGCAUGUACCUUCGCCAGAAGUCGUGGCCGGAGCCCGAGAGUACACCAACCAUGCCGCUCCCUCAGACCAACCAGCAGUGGACCCCGAGGACUGACUUCACAGCACCCACUGCUGCAGCUCACACCAAUGGAACUGUCCCAUACAUUAAUGAAGAUGUUGUUGAAGGAACAAACAACAUGUCUGCUGGUAUGAGGGAUGAUACCAUCACGCCAGAACAACUAAGAGUUCUCUCGUCACUGCCGUUGAAUGUUGUAUACUCGCUGCUGAGGGAGCUCGAGCAGAUCUGUGGCGAGAAACGAGUCAAGAAACGAGUCCCUGAACAGGAGUGUCGGUUCUGUAAGAACAACGGCGAGCGGCUGUCGUACUACCGCAGUCAUCCGCUGCGCGAUGCGGACGGGGUCGCGUGCCCCGUACUGCGCGCCUUCACCUGCCCGCGCUGCGGCGCCCGUGGACCGCGCGCUCAUACCGCCAAGUACUGCCCGCUCAGCACCAACGAGGAACGUAUGAAAUCAGCUGCCAUGAUGCGCAGCGUCCGUAUGGCUUCAGGGCGAAUCCGUUCAGCCCCCGCCCCUGUCACGGCCACGCGCCACGUGACCUACGUCCCCGAGACUCCGCAGGAGGCCUACGGAGCGCCCCUCGCACCGCUGUGGGCAGCUCUCGAGCAGAAAUUGAUGCUGUAACUAUUAAGAUGCUUUGAACAUGCUGAGGACACCUGUCUUGACUUAUAAAGGGAUCUAUAUUAACGCCAAGACUUUGAUAAUUAGACAUAUCUAAUUCUCUAAAGAUCCUGUUAUAUGAAAACAUUAUUAUGUGUAAAAAAUGCUGCUUUUGUUGAUUUUUUUCAGUAGGAUGGUAAUUGUGAAUUAUUAAUUUUGUUCUUCAAUGAUUGUAACAUAGGAAUUUGAGACUUAUUCUCAUUUUCAUAAGGGAGAACGUUUUAUCUCCGUCUCAUUAUUCUUCAAACGCUAAGAACACUAUUUUUUACUUUGCCAAACUUGCACUGAAUAGGUGUCCUCUGUAGAUAUCAACAUGUAAUUUUGGUUUAAUCUAAUGUUUAACUGUAAGGCUUUGACAGUGAACGUAACAUUAAUUUUGUUGUUACAGCGCUCUCUAGUUGUUAAUUGUUAUAACUUAUCUUAUUGAUUUGCUACGCGAUCGCUAGAUGUCGCUGUUUCUAUUUUUGAUUAUUUUGAUAUAGUUUAUAUUAGUAUUACUAGAUGGCGUUGUUACUAAUUUUAUUAAUUUAGUAUUCAGUAUAUUUCUACACGUUAGUAGAAUAAUAAUAUGAUAAGAAUUUAUUAUGUCAAUUGACUAUAACAAUAAUGUUGACAAACUUGACCCUACUUGUAAUCAUUGAGUAUUUAUAUUUCGUGCCAUCAAAAUAUAUUUACAACAUUGUUAUUAUAUUUCGCAACAAGAGCGUUAUCUGUUGAUUAUAUUUUAUAAUAAGACAAUAUUGGUAAAUCAACUGCCUUUAUUUACAUAACGAAUUCUAUUUUCAUUUAUAUGACAUGUAAUUUUCAUAUAAAAUAUUUGUUUCAUAUUCUGUGACCAAUGGCGGACUUUACACCUUCAUUCACACAAUGUUCGAUGAAAUUCUCAACAUUUCAAUUAAUUUUCCAGCAUUUUAAAUUGAUAAUAUUCAUCAUUAUUAAUUAAAAUGCAAAUAAACAAUUUUAAUUUCUAUAUAUAAAAUAAAAUAGGCAAUAUUUCAGAUCACAAUAAUAGUUUGGUUGACGUUCAAUAGAUGGCGUUACUAGUAAAACUUUGCUUAAUGUUUUAUUAAGGGAGGCUUUAUAUGUUACAGUCAUCUUCUAUUUUUACUUUGAAAUAUAAUAAAUUGAAUAAUAUUAUAAUUAAAAAACAAUAAUUUAUCCGCAUGUCACGCUGUUUUGUAAUAAAAUAAUAUAAAUAACGACGUUAGAAGGCUGUAA